AUGAGUGAAAAAUUUUCGUCAACAAUCUCUUCUGACGAAGAAAUUGCUGCUGAAGAAAUGGCUCACUCGCUCGCUGAUGAUCUGGAAAAGACCCGGAAGUUCGGAUCUUACUGCAUUAUUCACGAGCAUUUCAAUAAAAACGAAUGUGAAGAUUUUAUUAAUUCAAAUUUAGCAGAAACAAUAGGUCCGUAUCUCGAAAAAUUAAAUAUUACUAAGAUAUUGACACUUAUGGAACGUCAUCCUGAAAUUUUAGAUAUAUUUUUAACUUUUUUUGCGAAUAUUAAGCCAAAACAACAUCCAGGAAUUACGUAUAUACAACAUUUAAUCAAUAUAAUCCCAAGAUGUCCAAUAAAAUGGAUUGCUUCUUUUGCAUUAGAUCUUGAAAAUGCUAGACUAUCAACAGCGUUCGUAAAUUCGACGGUUUCGAGUUAUAUAAAUGCUAAACCACACAUAUUAGAUCAAAUUCGCUUAAAUAAAGAAACAAUGAAAAAAAUCUUAAAAAAUUCAACGACAACAAGAGGAAAUGAUUACACAACUUCAUGGCAAAGUCUUAUGAAAUAUCGCGAGCAAUGCAGAGAACUUAUAGAAUUUAAGUUUGACCUUACAUUAAACGAUUAUACAAAUUUAGAUAAGUCAGAAUUCGUCAUAAAGAUGAUUAGUCAAUGUGACAGACCAAACAAACUCGUAAGAUGUCUAAGAACGCAGAUAAUUCCUUACUGUGAACUAAAUUCAAUCACAAUUGAACCAAUAAUUUACCAAGGCAUUGCUAAAAAGACCUGGGACAUAAAGAGCAAGCUCAGUAUCAUUACAGAGUUCAUGAAAAGUACGACAACGAAGCAAAAAGCCCUUCAAAUCCUUCAAUUUUCCGGAGAAUCAGAGUAUAAACAGAUCGAAGAAUACGCGCAACAGAACAACAUCGAUUACAAUCCAGACCCCGACAUAUUCUCUAAGUGUAUCUCUUCCUACAUGCCUGUACAAAGGUCAGAAUCCCUUGCAAAUUUUAGUGUUUCAAGUUUACCGGAAAAAAACACUGUAACAAGGAAAGCUUCUCAGCCGAUUGGAUACAAGAGAUCACCUUCUAUCGAUCUGUCAUUGAGUUCUUUAGGUUCUUUGAGCCAUUUUUCUUCAAUUGCUGAUGGCAAUCCAAAAGAUCCUGAGGAAUACGCACUCAAACUCAAGAAAUUCAGAAAUUUAAAGCAGAUUAGACCAAUAUAUGACCUCGCUAGUACAUACGGAAUCGUAAUUUCAUAUGAUGGAUAUUCUAAGCUAUUUUCUCGCCAGGAAAUCUUCUACAAACUGAUUUCUCGUAAUGGCUGGGAUGACAUGGUAACGAUUUCUCAGGUAUUGGCCCUAAAUACCAACGAAUUAAUGGAUAUUAUUUCUCAAAACCAUAAUUACGCACAAAAUGGCCAAGUAAUUUUGCCGAAAAUAUUACAAUAUAUUACUAGAUGGAAUUCAAACGUAUUUUAUCAGUUUACUGAAAGCUGUAUGUUCGAAUGUUUACCAUUUACUCCUCUGAAGGAAAUUAUCGAGCUCUGGCAUGACUGCUUGCAAAACGUAUUCACCCUGAUCAAGUACGACUCCUUGGAUACUGUAUUAAUCUAUGCAAGACUCUUAGAAGUUUUUAAAAAUUUUCCUGACAACAAAAAUUUACAAAAUGAUAUAUUUGACAUCAUGAAAACAAAGAAGGAUCUCAUAGAAAUCAAUGAAUCCCUCAUUGAGAAAGGUUUGACUGAUGCAAGUCGUAUUUUUAUUCCUGAUAUCGAAAAUUAUGAUUUCGAUGUAUUCAAAGAAGACUUUUGCUCCGGGGAUAUUGAUAGAGUAUCAAGAGCCUCCACGCAGCUACGUAAAUUAUCCUUUGAAAACGCGAAAGAUUAUUUGGAGAACGUAAUUUUGACUCUUGACGGCUGCCAGUACUCUCUUUUAGCCUACUGCUACUCCAUGUUGGAAGAACUAGGCCAGGACAGGAAGAGAGAGCUUAAUAUCUUAGUAUCUUUAUACGAUGGACCGAAACACAGCGUCAAUUUCCAUGAAUUGAUGGAGAACCCUCUUCAGACUCUCCAAAACCAUGUAAAUAACGACACUCUGAACGGUCUCUUGAACGUUGCGAAUUUUUGUGAUGUUGGAAGCGACGAAUUGAUUGUUUACGUGAUAGUAAACAAGAUGUCAUCCCCUUUUAUCGAUGACUACAGAGAUUUAAUCUUCUCGCUCAAAGACAGAACGCAUAAAGAGUUAUUAACUGUUUUAGCGCCGAGAUUAAAUAAAGAAGAUUUGUCACUUUUCUAUCAAUUAAUUGGUCUUGUAAAAGAGCAAUUGAUGACACAGAUAGCCAUGGAUCUAAACAAGAAUGGUUUGUCCGCUUUUGCUGAACAAGAUUUGCUAAUUAAUCCUGUUAAAUUAAUUAGAUCUCUUUACAACAAAAUAGAGUUACACGAGACACACGGAAGAAGACUACACAAAAUUGUUGAGAAAAUUGCAAGCAGCUACAAAAUAGACUUGAGAUCAUUGAAGUGGAAUUUGUUGAUGGAAUAUUUAAACGAAGAUUAUCCUGAAUUAAAAGAAGAUGAAUUCAAAAUUUAUGGAACAACAAACGACGAAAUAUUAACAAACGCUGAUAACGAAGUAGUAUCAAAAUGUCUCUUCUUACUUCGAACUCAAAACCCUGGUGAAGGCUUGAAAUUCUUGAAACAAAAAAUUGAAUUUAAACUUAAAUCAAAAAGUGACAUGAGAUCUCAAAUAAAAAGUGCCAUAAAUUCCCAAGAAAAAAUCAACACAAAUUCGCAGAUGAUGAGUGGUACUAAUUCUCAAGAUAAAAUUAGUACUAAUUCUCAAGAGAAAAUUAACACAAAUUCUCAAGAAAAAAUUAACACAAAAUCACAGGGAAUAAGUAGUACAAAUUCACAAGAAAAUCUUGUAAAUUCCCAAGAGAAAAUAAAUACAAGAUAUCAAGGAAUGAGUAGUACAAAUUCUCAUGAAAAAAUUUGUAUUUAUUCCCAUGAAAAUAAUGUUGAAAAAGGAGAACAUGAUGAAAUUACGCCGAGAAUGAUAGCAAGGUCUAUUUUGUGUAUGUUUGGAAUUGGUGAUGAAGAGACAAUAAUGAGAUAUGUUACAAAUGAUAUGAAGAAUUUGGAUGAUUUAUAUACAAAGUCACUUUUUUGUGCACAUGCGAGUUAUUUUGCCAAAAAAGAAUUUGAUUUGGAUUUGUUUAAUCCAGAGAAUAUUGACCAAGUUUUGGAAGAUUAUUUAGAUGAAGGAUGGGCAUUGUUAAUUAGAAUAUAUUUGUACAUCCAAAAUGAUGAAAAAAUCAUCGAAAUUCUUCCGAAACUUGCUGAAAAAAGAAAAUUAGAAGUAUUACAUUUAGUUCCUUUAAUCGCUAACCGCCAAAUUAUCAGAAAUCCUAUCGUUUUCAAUUCAAUUUUGAAAGUUAUCGGGUCAAGUGUUGAAGACUUGAUAAACAAAGAGCUGCAUACUAAGCCAUUUAAAUCCAGGCAACAAACAAUAUUCCAGACUGUUUUGAAUGUUGUUUCUCUUUUACCUCCUUUUGAUUCUUUGAUAAUUAAUGGAGAAAAACUUUUAAUACCGAAUAUAAUUGUUUUGUUAACUAAAAUCGGGCAUUCAAAUGUUGCCGGUGAGUUGGGAAGUAGAAUGAGUAAUUUGAAGACUCGUUUGAUGGCAAUGAAAUCUUUGAUUGACGCUGGUCAUUUCGAUACUGCUUUGUCUGUCGGUUUUGACAUGGGAAAAGUGUUCGAAUACAUAACAAAACACAAAGUUAGUGAAGCAACUCAGAUAAUGAUUGACGAGAACUUUGUGAAAUACACGUCUUGGCUGUAUUUGAAUCACAAAACAGACGCAAUAACUAAAGUAGAACAAGCAUUGACGAAACAAGGACGAACGAGAGAAAUACAAAGAAUGAAGAAAAGAUUCGAGGAUUUGGAAUCGAAGAAAUCUCAAGAAAGAAUUCACAUUGAAUAA